CUUGUGUGUCAGAUGACACGCAUGGGAGGAGUGCGCAGGCCUUUAAAGUGCAAAGGUGUCGCGCCUGCUGAGAUUCCACUGCAGGUGUUCAACAUGGCCAACUGGAUUAUUAACAAUGGGGUUACUUGUGUCACACUGGUGGUGUGGAUGGGCAUCAAUAUCUUUCUAUUUGUCUGGUUUUAUCUCUUCUACGACUUGGGAGAUCAGUUUUUCUACACGCGGCAUCUUUUAGGGUCUGCUCUCGCGUGGGCCAGGGCCCCUGCCGCCGUGUUGAACUUCAACUGCAUGCUCAUCCUACUCCCCGUGUGUCGCAACUUGUUGUCUCUUAUACGUGGAUCGCUUGUGUGCUGCAGUCGCAGUUUGAGGAAGCAGCUGGACAAAAAUCUGGAAUUCCACAAGCUGGUGGCGUACAUGAUCGCCCUGAUGACAGCCGUUCACGUUAUUGCUCAUCUCCUGAACGUGGAGUGGUACAACAACAGCAGACAAGGCGUUUACGACGCACUCAGCACGGCGUUGUCAAACCUGGAGGACACGGACAACACCACCUACCUCAAUCCCAUUCGAAUAACAACACUGGACCCCCAGCAAAUUCCCACUUACUUGGUGUUCACUACCAUCGCGGGCAUUACGGGGGUCAUCAUCACACUGGCCCUCAUCCUGAUCAUCACAUCCUCCAUGGAGGUCAUCCGCCGCAGCUACUUUGAGGUCUUCUGGUACACUCACCACCUCUUCAUCAUCUUCUUCGCCGGCCUAGUCAUUCACGGCGCUGGGCGCAUCGUCAGGAGUCAGAGCGAUGAACCGCCGCACAACUUCACCAUCUGCAAGGACCGCAGCGCCGAGUGGGGGAGGAUUCCAGAGUGUCCCGUUCCGCAGUUUGCGGGUGGCUUUCCACAGACAUGGAUGUGGGUGAUCGCUCCCAUGCUUCUUUACCUAUGCGAGCGGCUGCUGCGUUUAGUCCGCUACUUGCAAGCGGUCCGAUACCGAAAGAUUGUCAUGCAUCCAUCCAAGGUGCUGGAGUUGCAACUAGUCAAGAGUGGCUUUAAAAUGGAGGUGGGCCAGUACGUGUUCCUCAACUGCCCGGCCAUCUCGCAGCUGGAGUGGCACCCGUUCACUAUGACCUCAGCCCCCGAGGAGGACUUCUUCAGCGUGCACAUCCGCUCGGCCGGAGACUGGACGGAAAAACUCAUCAGCAUCAUGCAGCAGCUGCCCGAAGGCGCGCAAGGACCCAAAAUGGGCGUGGACGGGCCUUUCGGUACGGCUAGCGAGGACGUGUUCGACUACGAGGUCGCCAUGUUGGUGGGCGCCGGAAUCGGCGUCACCCCCUUCGCCUCUAUCCUCAAGUCCAUCUGGUACAAAUUCAAGGAAUCCAACCCCGUCCUGCGUACACGGAAGAUUUACUUCUACUGGCUGUGUCGAGAGACCAACGCCUUCGAGUGGUUCGCUGACCUUUUGCAAGUCCAAGAGAGGGAGAUGGAGGAGAGGGGCAUUGGAGAUUUCCUCACCUACAAGCUAUUUCUAACCGGAUGGGAUCAAAGCCACGCCAAUCACGCCAUGGUGCACUUUGACCAGGACACCGAUGUAGUCACCGGACUCAGACAGAAAACUCACUAUGGAAGGCCCAACUGGGAUAAGGAGUUUGAGCAAGUCCGCAAAGAAAACCCCUCGGCGGUGGUGGGGACAUUCCUGUGCGGUCCGGCUGCUUUGGCCGAUGUCUUGUCCAAGAGAUGUGCCAAAUACUCAGACGUGGACCCGCGCAAGACAAGGUUCUACUUCAACAAGGAGAAUUUCUGAGAACAGCAGCGCUUCGGUACCUGUCAGGGAAUGUUGCUCGUCGCUAAUUAAGACGAUGGAAAAAAACGUUUGACGUUUGUCCUACCAUAGCUCAUGAUGGAUUGUUAUGCUGUACAAAAAAAUAUUUGAAGUUAUUAGAACGAGAGUUGUCCUCAUCGUAUUUUUGCACCCGAGUUUGAGUCGCCCGAUUUUGAGGAUCUGCCAAUACAGAGUACCGAUCCCUCGGCAAUUUAUUAAUUUAUUAUAAAACAUACAUUUUUUCUUGCUUAUUAGCCGCUAAUAAAAAUCUUCAAAACUCGAUCUUUUCCACCCGAUUUCGAUAAAUGAAGUGCUCGGCCCGAUUUCCGAUCAUGUGAUCAGAUCAGAAACAUCUCCAAUUAGAAUGCAAACAACACAUUAUUGAUGGUAGCUUUGCAUGUACUACUACACCAAAAUUACGGGAAUUUUCAUACCACGCGGGCUCAUUUUUAACAAAAAAUUUAACAUGAAUGUGAAAUUUCAAAACACUCUAAGUCUUAAAAUUUUUGUCUAAAUCACCUAUUUGUACAUUUAAAAAAAAAUUGAGGACACUAAGGGGCACAAAAAUUCCAUAGGGUAUUUGCUAAAAACGUACGGCUCGGAUAAAAUUUACCAAAAACAUACCCAUUCAUUUCUAAUGGGCCAAAUUUCCCAUUAAUUUCUAAUGGCCCUAUUCGCCAUCGAUUUCAAACUUCCAUUCACUCCUAUUGAUUUCCAACCUAAGUGACCCCAUAUCAACAAAAAGUAACCUGUUAUGAACAGUGUUGUUAAUAACGGCGUUAUUUUCUUCAGUAGGGAGUAAUCGAAUUACUUUUCUCAUCUUGGCAAUGCCGUUACUGAGGCGGGAAAAGCGUGCGUUACGAUGUUGGUUGACUGACGCGAGAAAAGUGAAAAAGACGGGACUCAUGGACACGAGAGAGCAGAGCAGGAGUGGGGACGCUGUUGCAAACGAGAUGCUACUAUGCUAGGUGGCUCCAACAAUACCUGACUGUAGCCUACAAACUACGCCCACAUGAUGCUUCGGUAGAUAUCACAUAUAUACAGAACUCGAUGCAAAUGACAGACACGGCAGCAUUAGCAAAAUACAUAAUAAAGAACUAGAUGCGUUAGUAAACAGCAGCCAUCUUAAAGCAGUAGACUUCUCAGGAAGGCUCUCUUGUAGAGAACCUUCCUAGCGAACCUAAGUAACUUUUUAUCUAAAAUGCUCCUAAAUCGGCAAAACUUGAAUCUAUCUCUAAAUGAUGAAACAGUUUUAAAACUUACACAAGGCGAAAAUAGACAGAAGGGAACUAUUGCAAUAACGGGAGCAAUUUUAACUAAUUUAACGGUUGAUUCACAACAUUAAAUGACUUCCACACUUAGCAAAGGUUACAGUCUAAUUAUCGCAAUAUCCGCAAUACCUGUGUCUAGUUAAGUUUAGGGUAAAGAAUUGGGCUAGGGCCAAUUGUCCCAAAAACCCUUUAAACUUCACAUUGUGUGACCUGUUUUUUUUGUUUUUUUGAGAAAAAAAACAUGAAAAUUAUCACCAGUUACUUUGCCAAGUACCCUAAUUUUCGGACUAUAAACCGCUACUUUUCCCCCCCAUUUUUAAUCCUGCAUCUUAUAAUCCAGUGCGGCUUAAUUGUUGAUUUAUUUGGGUUAAUAGGUAACACUUUAUUUAACAGUGCCAUCAUAAGACUGUCAUAAGAACAUCAUAAUUAUGACAUGACACUAUCAUGGGCAUUACUGAAUGCUUAUAACAGAUGUCAAUAUGUGUCAUGUGGCAUAUUAUGUCACUAAAUCCAUUUAUGUCCAGCUCAGAUCUUUUACGUCCAUUGAAAAGUGAGAUAAUUUGCUGGAUGACACUAACCGACAUCCAUUAUAAGCAUUCAUUAAUGCCAAUGACAGUGUCAUGUAAUAAUUAUGACUGUCUUAUGACAGUAUUAUGGCACCACUAUCCAAGAAAAUGUUACCAAAUACCAUAACUAGCAAUUAAUGAAACAACUGGAACAGUAACUGAAGAAAUUAUUAGCACAGAACAUGAGUUAUUUACAUCUGCAUCGCCGCCAUGCAUGCUAGGAGGAAUGUUGGAUGACAACAGUGUUGAGAGCAGGUGGCAGCAGAGGUUGACUGUCUACCCCAAGGAAGCAGUGAUGGCCAAUGGCGCUUUUAGUGACAAUAAGGCUUUGCAGCCAAUUGGUUCAAAGCUUAAUGGUGGUUCAUUUGGUCUCAUGACAGUCUUAUGGCGCCAUUGUCAAAUAAAGUGUUACCAGUUACCGUAAUUUCCAGACUAUAAGCCGCUAAUUUUUUUCGUUCAUUUUGAAUCCUGCGGUUUAUAGUCCAGUGCGGCUUAUUUGUUGAUUUGUGUUAAAAGGCAACCCAUGCCUCCUAGCAUGCAUUCCAGCACUACAGAUGUAAGUAACAAUCAAAAUUCAUCUUUUAUUUAAUUAUUUAUUCAUUUACUUUUCCAGUUGUUUCAAUAAUGGCUUGUUAUGGUAUUUGGUAACACUGUGACAGUGGCGUCAUAAGUGUCAUAAGACCAUCAUAAUUAUGACAUGACACUAUCAUGGGCAUUACUGAAUUCUUAUGACAGAUCUCAUUAAGUGUCAUCCAGCAAAUUAUGUUAACAACUCCAUUUAUGUCCAGCUCGGAUCUUUCACAUCCAUUCAAAAGUGAGACGAUUUCCCGAAUAAAACUGAAUGGUAACUGUUAUAAGCAUUCGUUAAUGCUCAUGACAGUGUCAUGUCAUAAUUAUGUCUAAUGACAGUCUUAUGGCGCCACUGUCAAAGAGUGUUACCAAAUACUGCAACUAGCAAUUAUUUAAACAAACAGGAACAGUAACUGAAUAAUUAGCAAAGAACAUGACUUUAGAUCGUUAUUUACAUCUGUUGCGCUGCAAUGCAUGUUAGGAGGCAUGAUGGACAACAACAGUGUUGAUAGCAUGUAGAAUGAAAUAUUGACUGUCUCCUCCAAGGAAGCAGUGAUGGCCAAAUGAAGCUUCUUGAAGCAAUGAAGCUUUGCAGCCAAUUAGUUAAAAGCUUCAUGGUGGUUUAUUUGGUCUUCUGACCGUCAUAUGAUGCCGCUGUCUAAUGAAGUGUUACCGGCUAAUAUCUUUUGGUGUAUAUAUCCCAUAAUACAGUGAGGACAGCUGCGGCUUAUAGUCCAGUGCGGCUUAUCUAUGAACAAAUGCAGUUUUCGUGUCACAUUUGGUGGGUGGCGGCUUAUAGUCAGGUGCGCCUUAUAGUCCAGAAAUUACGGUAACUAAUUACUCUUACAUUCAGGUAACUGAGUUACUAACGCAAUUGCUUUUAGGGAGAAGUAAUUUGUAACUAAUUAACUUUUUAAAGUAAGAUUAACAACACUGGUUAUGAUUAGGACGUGACCACGAAAUGCCCCCGAAUCAACAGGAAGUGACCGCAAAGGGUUUACCUACCAAAGCAAAGCUACCAUCACAAUUUCUCCUAGUUUUUAUUUAAAAAGAUGAAACAUUGGGUGUGAACAGUUGCUUGCAAGAAGACGCAGUCAUGACAAAUUUUCGUUUUAAGGGAGUAAGGUUACAUUUAUUGCGCGGGAUGGGAACCUCUAGCUACCUCCCGAUACGUUUUGCUCACGAUUAUCUCACAACAAUGAUUUCCUGACCAUGUAAAGGUAAAUCUAAUUUUCUACAAGCUAUUUCUAAAUAGGGGAAAAUGCUUUUUUUGCACCAUUUCUGUAAAUACAACAACUUUAUUAUUCUUGUAAAUAAAUGUCUACUAAUUUGUUUCAUGCUCGUGACGACGAUAAACGUCAAAUGCUACGAAUGACUUUACAUAGACACUAUUCACGAAGGAAAUUUUGGUCGUUUCGGGUCACUUUCUCAUCGAUUCAUUGCCUGCCAUUCACGGGCCUAGCGUCCAAUUCACUUUGACUGGACUGUCAAUGGCAGCCAUUGAGUUAACAUAGAAACUAUACUACUGGAAGAUACUUUAUUAGGCAGUCACAACUUUUUAAAAAUCAUAUCCAUUCUUGGCAGGAGUGUAUCGAUGACGUGUAUCGCAAUAUAUUGUCACACUGUUACUGUAUACUAUAGCUGAGCUUUUGACAUACUGUAUACAGUUCUUGAUAAAAAUAUAUAUGAUUGUAGUACUUCCUUUAUGAUACAGACUAUGUAAAUAAACAUUUUUGUAAAUAUGAAGAGCACUUUGUUUUCCAAUGAUUUGUCCAUAAUUACACCUUUGGAGGUUCAGGUCAACAAAACGAAUAAUUCACUGUUGCCAUGUAUUUGUAGUUCAAUUACAUUCAUCCAGGGGUGAAAGUGGGCCAGAACGGUCAGGAACGCAGUUCCGGUAUAAGAUUCAGGGCCAGAUCGCAGUUCCGGUAUAAGAUUCAGAGCUGGAAUGCUGUACCGGUACACAGUGCUUUGAUUCCGAAAAUAUGACAGUAACUGUCAAAACGCUAUGUAAAAAAAAAAAAACUAAAUAAUGCUAAGAUGCCACACAUGCAUUUCAUCUCCAAUAAGAAAACAAUUUACCAACAUCAGAUUUACAUACACAAGCGUUAACAACAAGCAUAAUAAAUUACUUGUGUAGCGUAAUCAGUUUCCACGAUUUUUUUUUUUUCCCACGGACGGCAUGGAGGUUUCCCCAGCUCCUGCAGUUAUCGGAGUCUGAUGAUGAGUCACGUCAAUGUGCGAAUGCACACAGCAAAGCAAAACGCAUGGACUCAUUUAUCCGUUCAAUUGACUGACAUACUGACAUGUGAUCAGCAGAGAUAGUUAGCUCUGAUUGGUUCAAAUGUGCAUGUUUUCUGGAACAGCAAAAAAAAAAAAAAAAA